GUCAGUAAUGAUGAAUGGCUCCGACCUCGCCAGCACGACGGCGUCCAGUCCCAAAUCCAAAGAGGACCAAGUCGUGAACGGCCACGAUGAGAAGGAGAACAACCCCUUCGCAGAGUACAUGUGGAUGGAGAACGAGGAAGACUUCAACAGACAGAGGGACAGCGACAGCACCAUCGUCAUCUCCUGUGGUACCAGAGACCUUCACUUGCCGCAGGCUCAGCUGGAAGGAGAGGGCCAGCGUAAAAAUCAGUGCUUGAAGUCUGAGAGCAUCCUCAGCCUGGCUAUCUCAGCAGCAAGUCCCGGCGGUUAGUGCCUCUCCUUUCGGGUAGAAGCCUCCGUUUCAGUGAAACCGUCCCAAAUACGCUUGGAGUAGCCAGACCACGUGGUAGAAGCCUUGGCCGCUAGACGCCGUGUCCGCGAGGGCCAGCUAAGCUCUCGAGAGCUCCUGGUAGAUGGUGUGGGAUUCGAACAGCUCCUUCUUGUGGAAUAACGAUGCGACCCCGUGAGCUGGAGCAGAGCAAGCAGCCGUGCAGCGUCCUCCCCGUGCUUCUGCUUCAGGUCUUCAUCCAAACGCCAGGGCAGCACGAGGCAGCAGGGACGAGCUUGCUGGGGGCUCGCUGGUCCCUCCUGCCAUCAUCCCAGUAGCUGGGGAGAAGUCAGCCAGCUUGAACUGGGCGGGGAAGAAGCUUGCCCCUUCAGCUGGCUGAGCUGUGCUGCUGGCAGGAAACCUGAAGUCUCCUGGAUGCUCGUCCCUUCCCUGUAACGUCCCCACGAGCGUGGCCAAGUGCCGGGUUCCCAUCACCGGGGGUGUCCGGAGACUUGGCAGGGAGGGACCUGUGGAGCUGCGGGCAGGCUGGGCGGAGCGAUUUCACCUCCCCACCGCACCCCUGGUCACCAAAGGAGGAUUUCAUCAGCUUUACUGGUGUUCUCAGCAGAAAAUCUCCAUAUGGUAAUACUUAAGUCUUGUUCCCACAGGAGGAAGCGGCGGCCGCCCGCUGACGGUGACUCCGGGUGAGCGUGCAGCAGCCUUGUGCCACCCCGCGUCACCUGAGCCAUUGGU